UUGAUGUCUUCCAGUUUCCUCUCCGCGUUCAAACUCCGCGCCUCUCUUGCUCAAGAAACAUCGGUCUCGCGAGAUCUUGCGGAAACUUACAGAACCGGAAGCAGCCUGCAGAUCUCUUCCCUUCUGUGGCCAUCGCUGAAACGCUAGCGGCCAAAAUGAAGUUCAAUCCCUUUGUGACUUCUGACCGAAGCAAGAAUCGAAAAAGGCAUUUCAAUGCGCCUUCCCACAUUCGCAGGAAAAUUAUGUCUUCUCCUCUUUCUAAAGAGCUAAGACAGAAGUACAACGUUCGAUCCAUGCCCAUCCGAAAGGAUGAUGAAGUUCAGGUUGUACGAGGGCACUACAAAGGGCAGCAAAUUGGCAAAGUAGUCCAGGUUUACAGGAAGAAAUACGUCAUCUACAUUGAACGAGUGCAGCGGGAGAAGGCUAACGGCACAACUGUCCAUGUGGGCAUUCACCCCAGCAAGGUGGUUAUCACCAGACUAAAACUGGACAAAGACCGCAAAAAGAUCCUCGAACGUAAAGCCAAAUCUCGCCAAGUAGGAAAGGAAAAGGGCAAAUAUAAGGAAGAAACAAUUGAGAAGAUGCAAGAAUAAAGUCAUCUUGUCUACAGCUUUCAUUAAAAACUGUUAAAAUGAAA